AUGAUUAUAUAAUUUUAAUUAAAUGAAAGAUUGUAACAUAAGCUUCUAAAAUAAACCAGCCUUAGUUAUUUCUAGAAUAUACAAAUCAGACAGUAGAUUUCAAUUACCAAAAAUAAAUUAAUUUCAAUCAUAAUACCAAACAAUAUUUAUUACAAUGAAUAUUUCACUGAAGUAAGGGGAAUUAAAGCUUUGCCAGAUAAGCAAAAAUAAAAUUCAGAGAGAAGAUUAAAAUAUAGACUUAAAGAAAUAGAAGUGAAAAACAAACAACUAAAAUCCCUUUCAACUAAGCAUCUUUAAAAUGAACAAAUAGAAAAGAAGGAGAUUAAUAAUUUAAUACUAGAACCAUAUUUUGUUUAAAACAACUUGAAAGCAAAAAAAUAUAGAAUUGGAGCAUUUUAACAUGAUUUAUAAUAACAAUCUUUUGGGUUUUCUCCAAAUUCCAAUAUCAAUCAUAAAUAAGAGAAAGAAACUAGGAAACCUCGGUUUUUUUUUUAAGUAACACAUACUGAAAAAGUAAAAAAUUCUAAAUUAACUCAAACAGAAAAUGAUCAUUUAAUAACAGAUUAAGAGUAUAAUUUUUGGAAAAAUUAUGAUUUAGAUUAGGAAGAAGAUGAAGAUUUUAUUAAUAACUAUGUUAAUGGAUUACUUUGA